AUGUCCAGCAAUGUGACCGAGACCCAGUCGAGCGCACCACCGCCAGCGCAAUCAUCCACUCAGGCUCCUCCUCCUGCUGCCACGACCAGCGCCGCACCAAGCUUCGUCGACACGAGCGUCUUCACUGCCCCGUCGGCUGAACCCUCGACCCAAGUCAUCGUCUCCACCGUGACCCCCACGGGUGCUGGAGAGACACCGUCAGUGGUCACCGUUAUUCGCACUUUUACUCCAGAUUCUCCCACUGCAGCACCAACCAACAGCGCGUCCCCCUCCGGAACAGGUGCCGCUGACCCUUCCAACACCGACUCCACCCAAUUGCAGAAUGCACAAAAGGAGAACGAUGGCGGUCUCAGCACUGGUGGUAAGACUGCCAUUGCUGUCGUCAUUCCCGUUGUUGUCGUUGCUCUGCUAGUCCUAGCCGGCAUCUUCUUCUGGCGCAAACGCAAGCAGCGCCAGAGCGCGGAGGACGAACGCAGGAAAGAAGUCGAGGAGUAUGGCUUCAACCCUAACCACGACCCUACCCUUCCUGCGGUUGGUGGAUUGGCCAUGGCCGAAGACGACAGCGGUUACCGAGGCUGGGGCAAUACCACCACCAGCUCCAACCGCAAGAUGUCCACCACCCUCACCUCUGGCAUGACCUACUCGGACAGCAACAGCAACCCCGGCGGAUACACUAGCCCCCACUCUCCCACACACGGUGCCUACUCUGACGCUCACUCCAACGACCCGCUUGUAGACGGCCGUCGCCAGACCAUGGACUCGGACGGUAUCGGCGCCCUCGGUGUCGUCAACGGUGCUGCCGCUGCCAACUCUGCCAACAACCAGGCCGGUGUGCACCGCGGGCCUUCCAACGCUUCGUCGUCAUACUCGGCAGCCAACCACUCCGACAACUCUGGCGACUACCCUGGCAUGGCCAAUGGUCACCCACAGGAGUACUACAACAACCAAGACUACUACCAGAACGGGCCAUAUGCUGCCAACGAUCCAUACGCUGCCCAACAACAGCCCAUCAUAAGAGACGUAUCAGCACGACGGAACACGAGGAUCGAGAACCCCAGUGUCUUCCCCCAACAAGGCAACUCUGGAAUUGCGCAAAACUUCUAG